AUGCCUCUACCCUAUUCCAAUAUCCCAAAAUGCCCUAGACAAGCAGAAAACAACAACGACGAAAUGAAACGGAGCAUCCACGACACCAGAAUCGAAUCUCCUAAGCCGUCGUCUGCGUCGUCUAUGUCCACGUCUUCCACUAUCCAGAGAACUCAGUUGAAGGAGUUUCAAGAUUCUCGUCUGUCAACCGAGGGCUACUGGAAGAAGAAAGCGAGCAAUCUGCAGAACGCGUUUGCAGCUGGCCAUGGUACGAAUAAGCAGCCUCAGCAGCAGAUGAAUACCCUACCCGACCAAGGCAAUCAAGCUCCACCGAAACCUCGUCCGACGGCUCUGAAUCUGAGUAUGGCCCGCCCAAACAUCCCCGCCAUCCGCAUCCAAAUUCCAUCCCCCGAAGCAAAAACCACUAUGUCCAACGCCAUGUCCAACAGCAAAGCCAUAACCAACUUACCCCUCUCCGGCAACGCCAUCUCCCACAUCCUUCAACGCACCAAACCAACCUGUCCCAAAGCACAAAGCUGGAUAACGGCACAGAGAAUCAGCGAGGAGACGAAGAUGCGUGUUGCGCAGAGGAUCGGACGUCUUGGUGUGAAUGAGCGUGUGAUUGUGGAGAGGAAGAUUGCGGCGAGGCUUGCUGAGAAGGCGAGGCAGAUGCAGAUGCAGCAGGAUGGUAUGGGUUUGAUGCAGAGGCAGGAGCAGAAUCAAGGUAAGAAGGUAGAGGACUGGGUGGAAGGGAAUUUGACGCCGCAGCAGCGGGUGAAGAGAGCAAAUGUGAGGCUUCAGAGGGCAGUUGGGUUGGAGUAG